GCCGAGCCGAGCCCAGCCGAGCUGUGCCGAGAAGAGCCGAGCCCCUCCGGCCGAGCCCAGCCAAACCCUUCCAGGCCCGGCCGAGCCGAGCCGAAUCCAGCCGAGCCCCUUCGGGAGCGCCGAGCCCCGCCGAGCCUAGCCGAAUCUAGCCGAGCCCCGCCGAGCCGAGCUGAAUCCAGCCGAGCCCCUUCGGGAGCGCCGAGCCCCGCCGAGCCUAGCCGAAUCCAGCCGAGCCCCGUUCCUGGGGUUUUGGCCACGAUGGAGGUGAUGGAGCCGAUGUCCAAGCGCAUCCUGGUAACGGGUGGCACCGGCUUGGUGGGGAAAGCCAUUGAGAAGGUGGUGGCUGAUGGAGAGGGGCGCCCGGAUGAGGAGUGGAUCUUCGUGUCCUCCAGAGACGCCGACUUGACGAGCGCCACAGAGACCAAAGCCCUGUUUGAGCAGCACAAGCCCACCCAUGUCAUCCAUCUGGCCGCAAUGGUUGGGGGCCUCUUCAAAAACAUCCGCUACAACCUGGAUUUUUGGAGGAGAAACAUCCAUAUCAACGACAACGUCCUGCAUUCAGCAUACGAGACCGGGGUGCAGAAGGUGGUCUCCUGCCUCUCCACCUGCAUCUUCCCGGACAAGACGACGUAUCCCAUUGAUGAGACCAUGAUCCACAACGGGCCACCUCACAGCUCCAACUUUGGCUACUCCUAUGCCAAGAGGAUGAUUGAUAUCCAGAACAGGGGCUACUUCGAGCAGCACGGCUGCCACUUCACUGCGGUCAUCCCCACCAAUGUCUUUGGACCGCACGACAACUUCAACAUUGAGGAUGGACACGUCUUGCCAGGGCUCAUCCAUAAGGUCUACUUGGCCAAACAGAAUGGCUCUGCUCUGACUGUCUGGGGCACGGGCAAGCCCAGGAGACAGUUCAUCUACUCCUUGGACCUGGCCCGGCUCUUCCUUUGGGUCCUACGGGAAUACGAUGAGGUGGAACCCAUCAUCUUGUCAGUGGGAGAAGAAGAGGAAGUCUCCAUCAGGGAGGCAGCAGAGGCGAUUGUGGAGGCCAUGGACUUCAGGGGAGAGCUUCUUUUUGACACCACCAAGGCUGAUGGGCAGUUCAAGAAGACUGCCAGCAACGCCAAGCUACGGCGCUACCUGCCCGGCUUCCAGUUCACACCCUUCAGGCAAGCCGUGAAGGAGACCUGCGCCUGGUUCAGCACCAACUACGCUAACGCCAGGAAGUGACGGGUCAACGCGGCGCUGGCAUCAUCCUCUUCGACUCAGGGUUGUCCUUUGCUGGGGCAGAGGACAGGGCUGGGGGGGGACACACAGUGACAUUUCCAAAGUACAAGAGGGCCACCAAAGCCCAUUGAGGAGCCACCAUGGUCCUACCUGCUGCUGGGAGCAGUGUGGGAUGCUCAGUACAGGUGGAAAGAAGGUUUAGGCACUCCAAAAGGUGCUGGGACUCCAGACUAGAUGGUAGCAACCAACUGAAGCCACCAGCUUGGCUGUGUCCAAGAGGCUGGUGGCUCUGGUUGAGCUCUAAUGGGCUACACUACUAGUUACCUGUAAUUAGGCUGUAAUAAAGGGAAGGUGAUCAGGGUUUCUCUGGCA